AUUUCUAGCAACCACCGGACGCAGCAUGGCAGGUGCGCUUGGCAUGUGGCAGACUUUGGGGCUGGUCCUGGUAUGGCAAGCGUCAGCUGCUCAUAGUGGAGACAUCAUCAAGAAGGUUGUGCACACACCGUGGUGGCCAGCGGGCAGUGAGAAGACGGCAGAAAGUGUUGGCAUCAUUUCCCAUGGCUUGGUUUACAUGACUGCCAUGAUGGAGGUCAACGAGACGCUGCAAAAGACAGCACUUCAAGAGACCUGGGAUGUGCGCGACAUCGCCUUGGCGGCUGGUGCCAACUUGUCCGACCUGGUGGAUUGUUUCGUCAACGCCCCCAGGGGCCACGCCGAUGCCGUGAAGGCCGCACUGAUGUCCGCCUUUCCAGCAGAAGUUCAGGCAUCGCCUCCCGCGUUCACAGUGGUUGAGAUGCCCGGUGAGUAUCAGUUCGUGUACAACUCCAUCAUGUGCGUGGCCAACAUCCCUGAUGGUGGUAGCAAAAGGCGCACUGUGAGGAAGAAUGGCCUUUAUGGGGUAUCUGCCAGAGGUUUGACCUUCUACGAGGGUGCAGAGGCACCGGGCACUAUCUCAGGCGCUUAUGAGGAGACGCGAAACAUCGUGAAUCGCAUGCUGCGCAGCAGCGUCCUGGUGGACUGCACUGCCUACCUGGCAUCGAUCCAAGACGCCCAGGCGGUGCGGAAAGCCAUCGUCGAGGUGACGGGCAUGAAAGGCUUCAUCCAGCCAUCCUUGACCAUCGUCCAGGCUACUGGUUUGGCCAACCGCUCGCUGCGGCUACGCUGCACGGCCGCCGAGGAUGACUCGCGCCUGAGGUCGGUCGACACCACGGAUGGGAAGGUGGUUUUAACGGAUAGUUUCGCUUUUGCUUCUGCUCAACUUGACAGAAACAGCACUGGUGUCAAUGCGCUAGAAUCCUUGGGAAAGCUCUUCAAAUAUGCCAACGUCACCCUCAAUGACGCCAUCAGUUGCAGUUUCUUCGUGAAGGAUCAGCAGAAAAUGCUCGACCUGUUUGGAGGCUUCUACGAAAUCUUCAAUAAGGAGAACCCACCUCCUCCCACGCGAGGCGAAUAUGAAGCCAUCACUGAAUGCGCGGAGUGCCAAGUGGCCGCCAAGUGCAUUGCUGCACGGCCGAUGGAGAUGGAGGUCCAUUCAGAAGCUUUGCGGGCCGUAUUGGUUUGACGGCCCCCACCAGCAGAGCAGAGAAAAG